GCGCACCAUCAGAGCGCGGCACGCGCUGGUGAAGUCUCGCGCCUCUCAGAGAAAGAAAGCAAGCAGAUCAAGAAACUUUUUUCAGUUUCUCACACAGACACACACGGCGGACCACCAAGACGAUUGACACUCACGUUUACCUCGCAGAUAUGAAACAACAACAUUUCUUAGCCUGGGAAUCACGCUCAGGAGUGGAUUUAAAGGACGUUUAUGGGAAGAUGCACUUUGAUUGAUCUCGAGUAGUUUCUGUUUCUGAUAAGUUUGCUAAACAUUCGAGCUCUUCCGUUGGAUUUGUAACGAAACAUGCCGGAGAAAAUAAGUAUUUUGGAUUUCGUUUCCCUAGCGAAAGAAGACCUGACGUCCCCUGGAAGUUCAGGAUUUCAGUCAAAAAUGAGCGACUGUCGAUGCACCGUGGCAGCGCUCGAGGAGUCUCUGGAACAGGACCAGAUGUCCCUUCAGAGGAUGAAGAAAAUUGUGAAGGCCAUCCACAACUCUGGACUUAAUCAUGUCGAGAAUAAGGAUCAGUACAUAGAGGUUCUGGAGAAUCUGGGAAACAGUCAUUUGACCCAGGAAAACAAUGAGAUCUCAACAGGCUUCCUGAACUUGGCUGUCUUCACACGGGAGAUCACAGCGCUCUUUAAAAACUUGGUGCAAAAUCUGAACAACAUCAUCUCUUUUCCUCUGGAGAACUUGUUAAAGGCCGAGCUGAGAGACAGCAGGCUGGAGCUGAAAAAACAGAUGGAAAAAAGUUGGAAGGAUUACGAUGCUAAAAUAGGGAAGUUGGAGAAAGACAAGAGAGAGAAACAAAAACAGCAUGGGUUGAUCCGGCUGGAAGGGUCGGACACAGCGGAGGACAUGGAAAGAGAGAGGAGGAACUUUCAGCUGCAGAUGUGCGAGUAUUUGUUGAAGAUUCAAGAGCUUAAAGUUCGUCAAGGUCCAGAUCUGCUGCAGAGUUUGAUCAAGUACUACCACGCUCAACUCAAUUUUUUUCAGGAUGGACUGAAAGCUGCAGAGAAUCUGAAUCCAUUUGUGAAAAAGUUAGCAUCCUCUGUGCACACGGUUCGCCACGACCAGGAUGAAGAAGUUAAGCAGCUCUCUCAACUGCGCGACUCUCUCCGGACGCAACUGCAGGUGGAUGGCAAAGAGGAUUCUCUAAACAGGAAAAACUCUGGCCAUGGAUACAGCAUCCACCAGCCUCAAGGCAAUAAGAAAUAUGGCACAGAGAAAUCUGGCUUUCUUCUUAAGAAGAGUGAUGGGAUCAGAAAGGUUUGGCAGAAGAGGAAGUGUGGGGUUAAAUAUGGAUGCCUUACUAUUUCUCAUAGCACGAUCAACCGACCACCAGCGAAGCUCAACCUUCUGACUUGUCAGGUGCGGCCCAACCCUGAGGAAAAGAGAACGUUCGAUUUAGUUACACACAAUCGCACGUACCAUUUCCAGACCGAGGACGAGCAAGAAUGCAUGAUAUGGGUGUCUGUGCUACAGAACAGUAAAGAGGAGGCGUUGAACACUGCACUCGGAGGAGAUCAGCUUCAGUUUCAAGACAGCGGUCUGCAGGAGCUCGUCCGAGCUGUCAUCUCAGGCCUGAGAAAUCUGCCAGGCAAUGAAGCCUGCUGUGACUGCGGAGCCCCAGAUCCCACGUGGCUGUCCACCAACCUGGGAAUCCUCACCUGCAUCGAGUGUUCGGGAAUCCAUCGCGAGCUCGGAGUACAUCAAUCACGGAUUCAGUCUUUAACUCUCGAUGUGCUUAGCACCUCUGAACUCUUGUUGGCAGUCAGCAUUGGGAAUUCCAAGUUUAAUGACAUCAUGGAAGUCAACCUACCAAAUGAUGCAAUCAAGCCCCUCCCAAAGAGUGACAUGACAGCGAGGAAGGAGUACAUUGUGGCGAAGUACACCGAUCGCCGUUACGUCCUCCCGAAGGAACACUCUGAAACGUACCGUGUGUUUGAUACCGUAAGGAGCAAAGACAUCACGUCACUGCUGCAGCUCUACGCCGAAGGAGAGGAUCUCUCUAAACCUGCGGCCACACCUGACGGACAGGACCUGAAGGAGACCGCUCUUCACUUAGCUGUGCGGAUGGCAGAUAAGACGUCUUUGUCUUUGGUGGAUUUUCUUGCACAGAAUUGUGGGUGCUUGGAGAAGAAGACAGCAGAAGGAAACACAGCUUUGCAUUACUGUGCACUUUACAAUAAAUCAGAGAGUUUGAAACUGCUGCUCAAAGCAAAGGCUGUACUACAUACGGUGAACUCAGCAGGUGAAACAGCUCUCGACAUUUCCAAGAGACUUCAGCACACACAGUGUAUUGAACUGCUGGAGUUGGCCCACAGUGGGAAGUUUAACUCUCAGAUCCAUGUUGAAUACACAUGGGAAACACCACAGGACAUGUACGACAGUGAAGAUGAUCUGGACGAUAGGGCAAGUCCACAUCCUAGGGGAUCACGGUCUCCGUUGCCCCCUAAUGGCAGCAAUGGGCACGUCUCCUCUGUCUGGAAUUUUCCUAAAGGCACCCCUGCUCGGACCUACGAGAACAUUGACUUUCUGUAUCGUAAUCCUCCUAACAACAGCGCCCCCACUGGUGUCUCCAUGCCACCUCCUCUCCCUGCCAAAGCAAUACAGAGAGGUUGUUCAGAUCCUCAGAUCUCAGUUUCCAUUCCAGAGACCCGCGCUCCCUACCGUCAGGGUUCCCACCCCACCAGUUGCUUUCAAAGAAUGAGCAACUCAACCCAGCCCGAGUCUUCAGGUUUGACUCAUUCACGAUCUUUAAGCAGCGGAGCACCCAAAGCACAGAGACACACCGUGUCCUGGGAUGGUCAACCUUCCCCGGGGGCAGAGGGCAAAAAUCACUCAACCUCUCCACAGAGUCAGAGAGGUCCUGUCAGUUCAGAGAAGACGACAUCAUAUCGACGCACAAGCAGUGGGAGUCAGAGCAAGUGUUCGCUAGCGUCUCCAGUAUGUGCAGGCAGUCAGGAGGAGCUGUAUUGCAGUCCAGUGGGCGGAGCCAUCAACCUUGCACCGCCCCCUGCUAAAGCUAACUCCAAUGCCACUGUGCCAGUCAUCCUGCCGCCUCCUCGCUCACGCAAAAAUGCCAUGAUCUCUUUAAAGCAGAGACCCAAGAGAGUCAAAGCAUUAGUGGACUGCAGAGCAGUCGGUCCAGAUCAGCUGGCUUUCUUUAAGAAUGAGGUCAUCGUAGUGACUGCAUCUGAUGACACACACUGGUGGGUCGGCCAUAUAGAGGGUGAACCCUCCAGAAGCGGCUCCUUUCCGGUCAACUAUGUACAUAAGUUGGGAGAAUGAAUCUCCCGUGCAGCCCAUGUGGCUUUUGUCUUAUUUUAGCCGCUAGUCCUAGAAGGAUGGAGACUGAGAGCUGUUCUUGAUGUUUGGAUUGGGCCAUGAAUGGCACGACGACUUCUGGUGGAAUAAAAGCCAUUUUGCUAAUUUUUGGAUGGAUGAAUGAUGGCGCUCAUAAUUAUUGAUACUGGUGUUAAAGCAUUUACAGGUAGUCUGCAUCUGAUGAUGUGAAAGAUCCAUCAGGCGCCCUUCGAGUUCACCAUCCAGACUUGAAGGCACUAGACUGAUUUAUCAUCGCUCUUCCUGUGGUCGGUUCGAUAGCACGGUGGAGUCUUGCUCUCUGGAUAUGAUUUUAUACUGCACAGUGGCACGCAAUCCAUGUGCUUCCAGACACCAGACUGAGUUUAAGGAUGAGAAGUGUAUUCGAUUUCAUCUGGCUAUGCACCAGCGUCUCCUGUUGCGGCUGCUUCCCGGACAUCCAGGCCUGCACCUGAUCCGAUUAACAUUUAAACGGAUAUAGACGCGAUUGCAGAAUACAAGGAUAAAAUAUCGGAAUGUUUCAUGAUUGAGGAAAAUGUCCAAUAGUUUUGAUUGUCUGAAAGCUUUAGCUUUUGAGUGAAAUAUCCAAGACUGAUGCGGUUUGGCUUUAUCUUGUGCAAAGAAAUGACAUGAAUGAUAUAGAAACAAUGCCCUUGUGUAAAAACUAGCUUGCAUUCGUACAAUCUCACAGCAGAGAUUAAACCUUGGGCAAAUACCUGGAUUGUAUUUAAUAGUUUGUUUAUUCUAUAGUAGAACAACCUUUUAAAAAUAACCACACGCGCACUGUUUAGAGUGCCCAUAUUUCGUGUUAAUGUAUAAAAAUCAGACUGUUAAUUUUAUGAAAAAGAUUUUGAUUGAUGUCCGUUUCUAUAUUCUUUUUUAUGGGUCUCACUUCAAACUGAGGUGCUUUUGUGAUGCAUUUGGGACGUGUCUGAAAUCAACAGACUCCAUAUAAAUGUUUGAUAAGCUGAGAGAACAUAACAGAUGCUUUCCCUUCUGCCAUCUCAUUGACUUCUGUGAAGCUUUUUUUGGGCAGAGAUGAAAGUACGUACUGUUGGCAGCAAAGACCCGAACGGUUCGGCUGACUUUGUGUUUUAGGAAAGCAAGAGGCGAAAGGUAAUGCUGCUUGUAAAUAAUGCUUGUUUUGGUGUAUUACUGUUACUUCAUACGUUAUUGAUGAAAGCUGAUGUCACAUUUUGACUCUCGGUUUUGUUUUACAUCUGCUAAUUUUAAAAAUGGAAAAUAAAAGUUAGCAAAUAAUCAA